GCGCCCGGGGGAAACCCCGCGCGGGGCGCCCUCCGCCUGCCUCCGUCCCUCCGCCUCCCGAGGCCCGGGGCUGCCUCCUCGGGCCGCGCCGGGCCGCCCCGCACUGCGCAUGAGCGGGAGCCCGGCAAGCCCGUGAGAGGAGCCGCCGCCGCCGCCGCCGUCCAUUCGCUGCGGAGCCGGAGGAGGAGGGGAGAGGCCUGGAGGACACCAACAUGAACAAGUUGAAAUCAUCGCAGAAGGAUAAAGUUCGUCAGUUUAUGAUCUUCACACAAUCUAGUGAAAAAACAGCAGUAAGUUGUCUUUCUCAAAAUGACUGGAAGUUAGAUGUUGCAACAGAUAAUUUUUUCCAAAAUCCUGAACUUUAUAUACGAGAGAGUGUAAAAGGAUCAUUGGACAGGAAGAAGUUAGAACAGCUGUACAAUAGAUACAAAGAUCCUCAAGAUGAGAAUAAAAUUGGAAUAGAUGGCAUACAGCAGUUCUGUGAUGACCUGGCACUCGAUCCAGCCAGCAUUAGUGUGUUGAUCAUUGCAUGGAAGUUCAGAGCAGCAACACAGUGCGAGUUCUCCAAACAGGAGUUCAUGGAUGGCAUGACAGAAUUAGGAUGUGACAGCAUAGAAAAACUAAAGGCCCAGAUACCCAAGAUGGAACAAGAAUUGAAAGAACCAGGACGAUUUAAGGAUUUUUACCAGUUUACUUUUAAUUUUGCAAAGAAUCCAGGACAAAAAGGAUUAGAUCUAGAAAUGGCCAUUGCCUACUGGAACUUAGUGCUUAAUGGAAGAUUUAAAUUCUUAGACUUAUGGAAUAAAUUUUUGUUGGAACAUCAUAAACGAUCAAUACCAAAAGACACUUGGAAUCUUCUUUUAGACUUCAGUACGAUGAUUGCAGAUGACAUGUCUAAUUAUGAUGAAGAAGGAGCAUGGCCUGUUCUUAUUGAUGACUUUGUGGAAUUUGCACGCCCUCAAAUUGCUGGGACAAAAAGUACAACAGUGUAGCACUAAAGGAACCUUCUAGAAUGUACAUAGUCUGUACAAUAAAUACAACAGAAAAUUGCACAGUCAAUUUCUGCUGGCUGGACUGAACUGAAGAUCAAUCCUCACAAUUCAGACUGAGGGUUGAGACAAAACUUUAAGGAUACAUCUUGGACCAUAUCGUAUUUCAUUCUUCUAAUGGUGGUUUGGGCUUGUCUUCUAGUCUGGGCCGCUCUAAACAUUUAUAAUUCCAACAUUGUGGAUUUCAUCUUAUAUCUGUGGACCAUCCUAGUUUAUUCUCCCAUAAGUCUUAGAAGCUUUAUGGUGAUUAUUUUGAGGUUUUCAUUCUCGCAUAAAGCACAAUGCUGUCUUCAUCAGAAAACAGUUGGCAUAAGAAUUAAACAUAUGAACAUCACAAAACAAUUUAUAAAAACUUCUUAAAUAUACGCUUUGGGCUAGUUGCAAAGACUAUGCUAAUAGCACUUCCAAUGAGAGUGAUAUAUUUAAGUGUACUGGAUCUGGAAUGGUGUUUUGGUUUGGGGGGAAUUUUUUUUUUUCCUGGCAAAUCACAUGUGUUGUUGAUGUGCGUAUCUGAUGAAAAAACAAUGUCAGAAUAACCAACAUGAAAAUUUUUUAGGAUAACUUGGUGCCUACCUGAAAAAUAUAUUGUGUUUUAGACUCUUGAUUUCAAAAGGUUCCACAGAACUAGUCUGCGCUUACCUUACCCAUGUUUAUAUAUAGCUGUCCUACAGGGAGCUUUUAUUUAGAAAAUGUCUGCAUAAUGUUAGAUUCUUCUCCUGUCUACAUUAUGCACUACAUAAUUGGACUUCAUUAUGCUUUUGAAAUGCUUAUCUGCCUGUCACAUAAGUUAAACUAUUUAAUUUGUUUUGAAUGUUUUGGAUUGCUACACAAUACAAUAUUCUAAAUUUAGGCAUGAGGGUUUUUUUGUUUUGUUUUUACUUUUUUUUUUGUCAUCGCACUAUGGAACACAAAUGAAAUCUCUUAAUUUAUAAGAAGAUAGUUGCAGUUAAAUUUUGAAAAUGGUUGUAAUGAGCCAUGAAGUUCAAUCUUUAUAAUAUAGGUACUGCUCUUUCAGACAAAUAGUCCAUUUUCGAUGACUUAUUAUUUUGUUGAAAUUGCUUUAACUGCUAAUCACUGUGGUUGCCAAAUAUUUACUUCAGGAGCAAAGAUUUUCAAACAAGCAUACACGAUGCAAAAUACCAAUCUGGCUUCUAGUCUCUUUACUGUUUUUGUUUCACUCAGAUUAGCUCAGUUUUCUCAUCAAAGCAGAAUGCUAUCUUGUAUGUAUUUUUUUCAUUACAAGACCCAUGAGCUGCUUUUAUGCUGAAAAUGGUCAUUUCCCUGUUCACUUACUGACAUGUGAAGAAGAGUUUCUUGCUUUCUUAAACAUUUCCGUAAGGCAGGCUAGAAAUGUAAUACUUCAAAUGUUCGAUGGUUAUGGUCUUUUGAUAGGAAUAGAUUCUGCUUGGGAUAUAUAUCCAGGCACUCUCUAAGGUCUAGGGUAUUCCUUUGUUGAUAUUAACAAAGGAAUGUACUUAGAAUAGCAGUACAUUUUAUGCAAAUAUGGAAAUUAUUUUAAGAAACAAUGACAUAUCAAAACUGCUUUUUAUUUACAUGAUUUUAAAAUAGACUAGAAAGCUUUCCCGAUAGACAUAUUAAUAUUCCAAUCAUAACUUUAAUUCAAGAAUGCAGUUUUACCAAAAGAAAAAUUUGAAAAUUUCUAUUCAGGCUACUGGAAUUGGUUAUUAAAAGAAAAAGGAAAAA